AUGACUUUAACAAUUCAGGAUUUGAUUUCAACGUUGAGUGACGAACGGAAAAAGAGCAAAUCUAACGACGAUGAAGAUUUCGUGGUCGUGCAACAGUUGAAUGACGAAUGGCCGAAUAUAUUUCAUACCUAUUUUCUAUCAAAAAUGACCCGUCUUCCACAAAUAGCAACUGGUGCUACAAGUGACGAUGAUCUAGUCUUCUAUGUCACGAAGAAAAUCGAUGAUAAUUCUCAAAUUAAAGUCUUCCGUCAUCACGAUGAGAAACGACAGCCGAAACCAGGAGCGGUGGAUUACGAUUGGGAAGAGACCACGUAUCUCAAUCUUGUUCUUCAUCAAUUCGAGUAUACAGUAACAACAGCUGUGUGUAUUAAAACACACGAAAAACGGUUACAAAUUCUCAAACGCUUAUCAACGAGAGUAUAUGCGAGUCCAUCACGCCGCGAUAUGGAGAAUAAAGGCAGUGAAGAGAAAAUCACCUAUCCGAAAUUGUAUUUUACUGUGGAUAAUUUCGAAGAGACUUUUUGUGAAAUGUUUGUCAAUGAAGGUCAGAUGGUGUGUGUGGAAUUAGUAGCUAAAAAUCCGGUGCUAAAUACAUCUCGAGUGCUAUUUCUUGGCUCAAUUAAAUAUGAAGCAUUGAGAAAAGUUUAUGAAACACGAGAAACGGCUAGCACUCGUGUUGCUCAACGUGUUACUUUGGGAAUUUAUACGAAAAGACGAGUUGAGUUCGUUCGAAUGCGUGGACCGAAUGGCAAAGGUCAUGCGGAAAUGACUGUGAGCCGAUACAGAUCAAGUCAAUCCGGUUCGAGUACACCUGACUCAACACCGUCAACGCCCGUCAAAUCAAAUUUCGACGAAGAGAAUGAGGAUAGUCUUCCGCGUGAAGCAGCAACACCACCUGCAUCCCGAGGAUCAAAUACAUCUAAUGCUGCUACUCCCGAAGUCGAAUCGACUGAUAUUCGACAAGAACUAUCCGAUAAUCCGGCUGGUUUUCUCGGUCGAACAUUCAAUCAAGCUGUUAGUUGGGUGCGUAAUUCUAAUGUUCGUUUCGAUGCAUCGGCUCAAACUCUGCCAUUACAAACGUGUCUUACAUAUUUAACUCUACCUUGUGAUACAAUCAUCAAAGAUCUUCUGGAAUCUAAUUCAACGCCUCUAUUGACGCCACAAUAA